GGAGGAGUAUAACUCCGAAGACAUGGCUCGCUGGGCAACGUGUUUUACAACGUGCUCUCGCGCGAUUCCGAUUGCUCUGUGUCGGUCACGUGAUAUCAGCCUCGCGCCUUCUUUCAAACUGAUUGACCCCAAUGUUCUUUUGCUCUUCCCUUUGUAUACUUUUGCCGCCCUUCAGGUGAGCUCACGAAGCCUGACGAAGAUCCACGUAGUGGGACUAUCUCCAGCUCCCUUUAUUGCGCUGAACGUACGCAUAUAAGAGUGGUCAUAAUCCUUGACCUCACAAUGUUCAUUACUCUCAACUGGUGUUGAGAUCCCUUUUACAGUCCAAAAGCAAGUUUUUUUAAUACAAUGGAUUAUGACGUUUCCAACAGCAGGCACAUGAUCAACUCUUAUCCUGUCCAUCUGGGCCCUGGUCCUUUGAACUAUCCACAGCACUUCGUAUUUUCCCAGUCCCCCAUUUUCAGUGAUAUCUCCCUUCCUUUGGAUGAUUUGUGUCGUUCCCAAUCAGCACCUCCGUGCCUGGAGCAAGGAAAUAAUUUAUUCAACUCCCCCCUCUCCAUUCCUCAGCUAUUUUCUAAUUGCGACGUGUUCUCAUUGGCUGCUUCGACACAUGGUGGGGUUCGCUCUUCGUCAAAGGAACAUAUUCCUCGCCCACCGAACGCAUUCAUGCUCUACCGUUCACACAUGCUCAAGAGCCGGGGAAAUGCUGACCCUGAGAAGCGUCAGCAGAAUCUCAGCCGCAUCGCAGGGCAGCUUUGGAGAGCUAUGAGCAAAGAAGACAGAGCUGUGUGGCAUAAGAAGGCAGCGGAAGUCCAAGCUGCACAUUGUGCGAAAUAUCCUGGCUACAAAUUCAAGCCCAACCGCAAGAGCGCUAAGUCGGCCAAGACUUUUCAAAGCGAUGCUUACUACUCGAAGCCUACUGAACAAGUAUGUGCGGAGUCAUCCAUAGGCCCAGUGCGACGUGUUCGCUCGUCCAGGGUCCGCCCUCAGGGUGUUACGCGUGAUGCUCUCCUCGGUGCAUUAAAAAAGCAGUUUCCAUCGGCUUUCUCAUCCCCUACUGGGCUCUCCCCUUUACAUUUUCCACCUUUCCUUCCAACCUUUUCUUUACCAGAGGCAAUGUGUGUUAACGAGCAGCCGAACGCCACUCUGUCCCUUCCUCAGUCUCAGUGCACGAAUGCGCUUGGCUUGGAAUUGAGUUCAUCACAGCCAUUGCAGCCUACUACGCCAAGAUCAGGACUAGCUGAAAUGCUGUCCGGUUUAGAUCUUGACGCCACGCCAACUGCAGCAACCUUCCAACGGAACGGCGACAUAUCCGAGUCUGAUGCUUCUAUGUCCCAAGAUGACAUAUUCCUUGGAAUGGAACAACUGCGUCUUCCCCACAAUUCAAUGGAUUAUGACGUAAAUGGUCUGUCUCCACUACUUCACGGAUCGAUGGACGGAUAUCAGUCGUCAGGCCAAUCCUUUUCGUGUUCGGACGCUUUCAGCAGGGCUCCAUCAUGCACCUCCGAUCCAAUGUUCUCCGACUUUAUGUGUGAUUUCUCAAUGCCACUUGACCACGAAAGGGAUGAAUGGAGCAACACCUCGUGGAUGCUUAACAUGGACAAGAACUCAAAUAUUUAGAGGGUUUGCAAACACUCAUUUUUUUCCCCUCCCAUUUAUUGUCAAGCACUCAUAUAGCCAUCAUCGUCACGUCCCUUCUUUGUAGCCUUAACAUUCAUCGCUGUAUUCGUAGUAUGCCACGUUCAAUGUAUCAAUAGAACUUUUCUGACGCUCGAUUCGAUCCAACCGGGGUCUUGACUCGUCAUGAUCGUCGUUUGUUCUACCGUUAGUAUAGCAACGAUGGGAUCACCCACUGUCCCACCCUCCAGGACCUACUUUCUGUUUCGUUAUCACUUUCCGUCCCUGGGUUGGUGGCACAGGGUAGCACCGGUUGCUUCCAUGUGAAGUGUCUAUUCCUCUCACUCCACUCCAAAUUUUGUCCACGACUAUUAUGAGAACAAACUCAGCUGGGCUGCUGGACC